CGGACGAAAAGUUUCGUUUUACAUACACACAUCAUCUAGAGAAAUCUUUUACCGCGUCUCCAAACGUCUGUGCGACGAUAUCGUCCCCUUGAAAGGCAAUACAGUGAAGCUUCGAGAGUCGAGACCAGCCCACAGAGUAAAUCCAAAGUUUGCUCUCAUGCCAAUGGCACCCCUCAAGAUCCUCAUCGCCGGCGGCGGCAUCGCAGGCCUCUCCGCAGCCGUAGGUCUCCGCCGCGCCGGCCACGAAGUCCACGUCUACGAGCGGUCCGCGCUCAACAACGAGAUCGGCGCCGCGAUCCACGUGUGUCCCAACGCCGCGCGCGCGCUCCUCGCCUGGGGCCUCGACCCUAUCAAGGCCAAGUUCGUGCUUGUCAAAUGCAGCUUCCGCGCAAAGGGGGACACGCUGGAAAAGUUCCACGUCGGCACGGAGGAUUACAUUGAGGAGCGGUACGGCGCGCCGUGGUACUUUGCGCACCGCGUCGAUUUACACGAGGAGCUGAAGAGGUUGGCGACGGAGCCGGAGGGCAGUGUCAAUGGUCAUGCCAACGGCGUUGAGGAGUCUAAUGGGGAGAGGACGAACGGUGUCAAUGGACAUGCGAAGCCGAGGGCUGGACUAGGUCGGCCUGCUACUGUCCAUUUGAAGAGCGAGAUUGCGGCAUAUGAUCCCGAGGAGGCUUCAAUAACACUGGCUUCUGGCGAGAAAGUCACAGGCGACGUGGUCAUCGCGGCAGAUGGCGUCCACACCACUGGAGUCGAGGCGAUUCUCGGCCGCUCUAACCCUGCGGUGCCUCAGGGGCACUACAACUUUUGCUUCCGUUUCCUCAUACCAGCCGCCGAUAUCGAGGCGGACCCGGUCACGCGCUUCUGGAACGAGGGCGACGACGGGCGGAUGAAGUUCCUGGUCGGGGACAAGAAGCGUCUGGUCUCAUAUCCAUGCCGAAACAAUGAGAUCCACAACUUUGUCGCCAUCUUCAAUAACGACGAUGUUGAGAGUACCAAAAAAGAGGACUGGCACGCCUCUGUGAGCAAGGAGAAGCUGCUUGAGAGAUACUCCGACUUCCACCCAAGCGUCUUGGCCAUUCUCGACAAGGCCACGGAGGUGAAGCAAUGGGCACUCCUCUACAGAGCUCCAAUUCCUACCUGGACGAAGGGGAAGCUGACACUGGCUGGUGAUGCCGCGCAUCCCAUGUUACCCCACCAGGGCCAAGGCGGUGCGCAGGGAAUCGAGGACGGCGUCGCGCUCGGCAUCGCGUUUGCGGGCGCAGAGGCCAAAGACGUUGAGGCUCGUCUGCAGGUGUAUGAGAGCAUCCGGAGGAACCGCGCCAGCGUGAUGCAGAUUUUCAGUAACGCUGGGCAAGAGGAGCCCGAGUUGAUCCGGGAAGAGGCUGCCAAGUUCAUUCCCGCGGAGAAGGUGCCCAAAAACCCGGAAGAGUUCUUUGCGUACAACUUUGGGUACGACAUCAUCAGGGAUAGUGUCCAGCAGGUGCAAAAGGUCGAACCGUCGUUUCGUUUACCGCCUUCGUUCUUCCAGAAUGAACCAGGCAAAGGUGUUUACCCCUAAAGCCCAUGGCGGGUAAGUUGAUCAGGAUCAAGAGGGAUAAAAGCGGCUUCUAUACCCAUAGCCGCUGAAGACUGGAUUGAAGGCUUAUAACCUGUUGAAGGAUCCGAGCAUACAGACUCUAGUACACAUCAAUCAAUUGAGCGUCGCUGGAUUAGAUCUCUUCACUGGGAAACCAAAUUCACGUAUGUUCUGGAAAGUUUCUGGAAUUCUUCCAAAAGUGGCUGGGGGACCGUGAUGACGUACCUGGAGGAGCUGCCCCUUUCCCCCUGGAGCUAACGGGCUGUCCCAGGUUUGACACGAGAGCUGAAAUGUCAUCGCUUUGACCUUGAGGAGCUCCGAGGCAGCAUCGAGGUCUCUGGGCAUGAGGAAUCUCUUCU